AUGCAGGCCAUGCGGGCGGAGGGACUGCAGCCCACCGCCGCGACCUGGACGUGGCUGAUCGUCUCCACGGGCGUGGACCUGGGCGGCGCGUCUUCGAAGAAGACGCCCGAGGCCGUCUUUCGAGACAUGGUGGCGGCGGGCGUGGCGCCCACGGCGUUCACGCGCAGCGCCCUGGACCGCCAGCUCCCGGACGGCGCCGCACAGCGGAAGAGGCUGUUCGCGGAGCUGGGCGUCGCCGACCCGGCCGACGACCCGUACGCGGCCAGGCACGCGGUCAAGCCUCUGGCCGUGAAGAGCGUCCAGAGGCGGCGGUCGGAGGUCAGGGCCCAGCUGAGGAGCAUUGAUCGUCGGCGCACCAUGAAGGCGAAGGUGGCGGCGACCAGGCGCAUAAUGAUGGAGGUGGACAGGGUCGAGGUCACUCCCAAGAAGGUCGGGGGCGGACAACCCCCCACCCUGAUGCGUCGAUUGGUGGACUGCCCGUGCUCGGUUCUCGAGAGGGCGCCGCGGUCGUCGUUUUCCAGGCCUGCGCCCGCCGGGUUUGGGCCCGAGGGUCGUUCUCACCAAACCACGUUCUGCUAA